CUCAUUUCAAGCUGUUUGUAAAUGGGGAAAUUCGUAAAAUUAUCAAAAGACGCUUAUUCGCGUGGAUUUUUGUUAAAUUGUAUAUAAAAAUCUUAAAAUAUUAAGCUCUAUAGUGUUUUUGAAGGUUUCCACUUGGAUUAUCAUCAAUAUUUGUGUUCCUCAUGGUAGUGGUAGUUUACAUAUGUGAUUAACAAGUGUUUGUUUUAUUAGUUCCUUCAACAUGUCUCUAAAAAUUGCUAGAUAUAUUAUCUUUGCUUCUAUUUUUUGUUUCGUUUUCCAAGAUGUAUCACUCAAUCCAACUCCUGUUAAAAGAAGUGAGUCCAAAAAAGACCAAUGCAAUAAAACGGUAGAAAUAUACGAAGAUGUCUCCUCUCCGGAGGUAACAGAAGCUAAUUUCGGAAAACCCAUGACCUGCUGGUACCGGUUUCGAUCGUUUCGCGGUACACCGAAGGACUGGAUUCUUAGGAUAAAAUUCAACAAGUUCAAAAUUGGAAACCUGCUCAAUGGAACUCAUUGUGAAGGGGGCUAUUUACAGAUUGUCGAUGGAAAUGCUAAGACCGACGUUUCGAAUCGUAAAGAACCUGGAAUAUUCUGUGGCGAAAGCGAGCAACCGCAGACCUUCAUGUCUGAAACGUCUUUCGUCAAAGUUCUUUUUCACGUCGAAAAUUUCACUGAUCAAACUUAUCUAAGUUUUGAUACCAGAGCUGAACAGCAACUUGUCGUCUAUCUGCGAUACGGACAACACCCAGAACUGUAUCCAAAUAGAAGAGGAGAGGUUGUUCAAGGGUCAUAUUGCGAGCGAAUAUUUAGAGACUGUCGUCCUUCAAACUUGUUACGUUCAAUCACCGGCUUAUCCUGGCAUAUACCCUCGGAAUUUGCAUUGUAGAUACUACUUAAACACUAGAUUGCCUUUUAUUAAGCUCUACAUCGAGAACGAGGAGUUUAACGUUGACGGACAACGAUGUGAAAACAUCAUGACUUGCCCUAUGAGACCAAUUUCCUCUGG